UCGUCUCCGAGCGUUGAACCAGUCGACCUAUCGAGUGGAACCACGUUAGUCUUCCAACAAAAUGUUUUCUUCAAUUCUUUCAAUUCUCUCAUUUCGAAUCAAGUCUUGAAUGUCUCGGAAUUUCGACAAAAGUGACCUUUUCCAUCCAGUGCGCUCGUCAGGUACCCUUGAAUCCACUUUUUCAAGGUCCUUUUCAAUUUCUUCUGCAAACCUGACAGGAUUAAUUUAAAAAUCAAAUUCCAAGUGUUCCUUAAUUAUUAUGUUUGCUAUUUCCGGUUGAAGAAAUUGAAACAAAAAAGAUAAUUAUUUAUUUAGAAGAGUUGAGAUAAGGAAACCAGCUGUUCAAACAGUGAAUAAGUGUCGUUAGGAGACUACUAAAAUAAAUUUAGGUGAAUUAAAAAUAAUAAAAAAUUUAGGUUAAUGAUAAAAAAUUAUUUAACAAAAAUGCAAAAUGGAAAAAGUGAUAAAACUGUGCCCAGUACGACGAAGGGUGUGGUUGAGCACAAUCAAAAAUCGAAAUUUUGGGCCUACUUUUGGUGGCUUUUUGGUGGACUUCUUGGAGCACAUCAUUUCUACCUGAAUAGGGACGAUCAUGGCCUUAUUUAUUUCUGUACUUUGGGUGGAUACUUUGGAAUGGGCUGGCUCAGGGACUUAUUCAAAAUUCCAACCUACGUGGCCGAUGCGAAUAAUGAUCGUCAGUACCUUGACUGGUUCACUCAUCAAGUCAGGAACAACAAAAAGCCUCCAUUUACGACAGUACGAUUUUUGGGUUCCUGCUGCGUUUCUUAUUUAUGGGGCCAAUUGGUGUACAUAGCAAUACCUGAAGAAGAAAUUAAUGGAAUAAACUUCAGGCCUCUCAUUAUUCUUGUACCCGGCGCCAUUGCACUAGGUACAUGGAUUGUUGGAAAUGUGGGAAAGGAAAGAGGCUCACUGUGGAUUCCUUUAGUUGCAUCCUAUUUGUGCUACCCUACAUUGUAUUAUAUAGGAGAUGAGAGUACUUGGAUGUGCCUUAUGGUUCUGGCAUCUUAUCUGAGUUUCGAUUCGUUUGCCAAGCAGUGGCGUUUAAAACCGACGAAAAAAAAGUCCUUACGCAAGAGAUUGGCAAUUGUAUUAUUUUGUGUAAUUCUCUACGCUUCCCUGUGGAGCAGUUAUUUUUACAUGAAUGCCACUAUUACUGACAACGAUGGAGAGGAGAUCAAACUCUCUGAUGCUGUCAAGCAUUUCCUCACUUCCCCGAUUUGGUUAGAUCUCAAGGCAAGCUUGGAGGCAACGUGGCAGCAAGCACUAAGCCAAGGAUUCUGGGCAACUUGGAGACAAAUAGUAGAAUUGUCUGAUCCGAGAGGUGAAAUAAAUGCCUAUAAGAUUCUAGGAUUAUCUCAGACUGCCUCUCAAAGCGAGGUGACGUCCAGAUGGAGGACACUAUCGAGAGAACAUCAUCCAGACAAAAUUAAAGGCAGUGAUGAGGAACGUCGCAAAGCACAAGAAGUGUUUAUGGAAAUCCAGCAAGCUUAUGAAAUACUUUCAAGUGCCAAGAAUCGGAGACAGCGGCGAAAUAGGAAAUCUACCACAUAGACCCUAGAUCCAUAUAGGUCGAUAUUUUUCCUACUUUCCUUUAUCCUUUCCAUGUCCUCCAACCUCCCUCAUCGCUUCCCUACUAUCACCUACUUCCCUUCUCCCAUAUCCAUCUUGCUUAUUCUUUUUUGUUUCUUCUUCUUUUUCAUCCCCUCCGCUACUAUCGCCACUCAUCCCACUCAUCAAUAUUUAGAAUAUUUAAAAAGUUAUUAAAAAAUUAAUAAGUGAAAAUUCCACUUUAAGUGAGCCCACUUUUAUUUAAUAUAUUAAUCUUAAACUUACGUUAGAAGAAGGAGCAAUGAGAAGAGGAUGGAAAGGAGUUAGGGUGGGAAAAGAAAAGAUAUAUACACUGACAUAUGCGUAUGUUAUAGUGUUGAUAGCAGAGGAUUGGAGAAACACUUAGAUAGGAAAAAGUUGAAUUUAAAUAUAAAAAAGACCUAGAUAAUAUGUAUAAAAAAAGAGAGGAAAGAAAAAAAGAAUGGACUGAGAGGUGGAAUGGAGUGAUGUUAGAAGUAGUAAAGGAGAGGUAAAACGAAAGAAAAGAGAUUGAGAGGUCACAAGAAAGGUAUAUAUGGUGGGCCCUAGAAAUAGACUGGAAGACGCUCGGAUAUAUCGUGAGAGAAGUAAAAGGGAUAAAUUAAGUACUAGAGCGGGAAAGAGGUCGUGAAAGUUUAAGAAGCUAAGGGAGGGAAAGAGAAGGAAAUUAGUGAGAUAGUUUUGGAGUGAGGUAGAAGAGAGGAAAGGGGCCGAUAGAAUUCACGAGAUGGGAAGAAAGAAGGAAGUGCAUUAGAGAAGUAGUCUACGACAUGAAACUAGAGUAUAUGAAUAAUUGGAGAAAAGAAGGGAAAGAGAAUAAAAAUCAAGAUGGGUGAUGAUUGAGGAAUGAAAAUAUAAUAGAUGGUAUGAGAUUAUAAAAAGGAAGGAGUACCAAAGUAUUUAUAAAAGAAAUGGCGAGAGAGGUGGACCAGAAUAUACGAGAUAGGACGGGAUAAGGGAUAAAAAUAUGCGGUAUGUAUAAGAUAAUAAGAAGAGAGGAGUGCCAAAGUAUUUAGAGAGGGGCUCGGAAGAGAGAAGAUAAACAAGAAUAUGAUUAAGAUAAGGAAAAGAGGUAAGGGAAGCGACGUAUUGGGGAAAGUAGAGCAGAAAAAGUAGAAUUUGUGAAUGGGAAGAGGAAACAUGGGAGCAUGUAGGAGAGGAGUGGAAUAUAAAGGAAGCGCAUCAGAGAAUGUAGUAAAGAUUUUAGGAGAUGGUGGAUUCGGUGAGGAGUGGGUGGAAGAAUUAUAAAAAGGAGAACAUAAAAAGCAGAACAUAAAAAGUAGAAUAUACAAAGUAUAACAGAAGAAGAAAAAACAGAAAAUGCAGAAUCCGUAAUUGGAGAGAGGAAACAUGGGAGCAUUUAGAAGAGGAAUGGAAUAUAAAGGAAGCGCAUCAGAGAAUGUAGUAAAUAUUUUAGGAGAUGGUGGAUUCGGUGAGGAGAGGGCAGAAGAAUUAUAAAAAGGAGAACAUAAAAAGUAUAACAGAAAAAUAAAGAACAGAAAAUGCAGAAUCCGUAAACGGAGAGAGGAAACAUGGGAGCAUGUAGGAGAGGAAUAGAAGAUAAAGGAAGUGGGUUAAAGAAUGUAGUAAAGAUUUUAGGAGAGGGUGGAUUGGGUGAGGAGUAGAUGGAAGAAUUAUAAAAAGGAGAGCAGAAAAGGGUGAUGUAGAAGAAGGAUGUUGGAAAAGAAUUGAAGAUUAAGGAAGCUGGCAAGAGAAUGUGGUGAAGAUUUUAGGAGAGGAUGGAUUGGGCGAGGAUUGAGUGGAAGAAUUGGAGAAGCGAGCGCAAGAUAGAAGGUGUUAAAAUGGCAAGAUUAUGGUAGAGAAGAAGUGAAAGAAGAAGAAAAUGGAAGUACUAAAUCAUGAACUAUGUUAUGCAAUAUACGUUGCGCAUGCGCCCUUGCUUGCUCUCUUUCUCGUCUUCGAUAAGUUUCUCACUGGUUUGCCAAUAUGUCCAAAUAAUUGUAAAUAAUUGUAAAUAGUAAGGAUGAUAUCAUAUAAAAUAUGUAGUUGAUAAUAUUGUAAGAAACGGAAGUCAUGUACACCCUUAGGCGACACAUUAUGAAUAAAGAACUACUUCAAGAUUAGAAA